CCCAGGCCAGACCCAGGCCAGAGGCGGGACCAGCCGCCGCCGUCUCCGUCUCGGUGUCCCGUCCCCCACCGCGCCAGGCAGCCGCCGCGGGAGGAGCGGAAACUGCAAGCGCGCCGAGGAGCAGCUGGGCGGCCUCCGUCCGUCCAGAUCCGCCGAGCGGCGCCCCGGCCCCCGCCGCGCCUUCCCGGCCCGCAGAGCGCCCACCUGAGUCCGUCGACGCCCACCUGAGCCCGCGCACCGGCGCCAUGGCGGAGCAGGAGAGCCUGGAGUUCGGCAAGGCGGACUUCGUGCUGAUGGACACCGUGUCCAUGCCCGAGUUCAUGGCCAACCUCCGGCUCAGAUUUGAAAAAGGGCGCAUCUACACUUUCAUUGGCGAAGUCGUCGUUUCUGUGAACCCUUACAAGCCUCUGAACAUCUACGAGAGAGACACUAUUGAGCAGUAUAAAGGGCGAGAACUCUAUGAGAAACCACCUCACCUGUUCGCCAUCGCCGAUGCUGCUUACAAGGCCAUGAAGAGGCGCUCAAAAGACACCUGUAUCAUGAUAUCAGGGGAAAGUGGAGCUGGUAAAACUGAAGCCAGUAAGUACAUUAUGCAUUAUAUUGCGGCCAUCACCAACCCCAGUCAGAGAGCUGAGAUUGAAAGAGUGAAGAAUAUGCUGCUUAAAUCUAACUGUGUUUUGGAGGCUUUUGGAAAUGCCAAGACCAACCGCAAUGACAACUCAAGCAGAUUUGGGAAAUACAUGGAUAUCAACUUUGAUUUCAAGGGCGAUCCUAUCGGUGGUCAUAUCAAUAAUUACUUGUUGGAGAAGUCUCGAGUGAUUGUGCAACAGCCAGGAGAACGAAGCUUCCAUUCUUUCUACCAGCUACUCCAAGGAGGUUCAGAGCAAAUACUACGUUCACUGCAUCUCCAGAAAUCUCUUUCAUCCUACAACUAUAUUCGCGUAGGAGCUCAAUUAAAGUCUUCUAUCAAUGAUGCUGCAGAAUUCAAAGUCGUAGCUGAUGCCAUGAAAGUAAUUGGCUUCAAACCUGAGGAGAUUCAAACAGUGUAUAAAAUUCUGGCUUCUAUUCUUCACUUGGGGAAUUUAAAAUUUGUAGUGGAUGGUGACAUGCCCCUCAUUGAAAACAGCAAGGUUGUGUCGAUCAUAGCAGAGCUGCUCUCUACCAAGACCGAGAUAGUUGAGAAGACCCUUCUCUACCGGACUGUGGCCACAGGCCGGGACAUCAUUGACAAGCAGCACACGGAACAAGAAGCCAGCUACGGCAGAGAUGCCUUUGCUAAGGCAAUAUAUGAGCGCCUUUUUUGUUGGAUUGUGUCUCGCAUCAAUGAUAUCAUUGAGGUCAAGAAUUAUGACACCACAGUCCAUGGAAAAAACACUGUUAUUGGUGUCUUGGAUAUCUACGGCUUUGAAAUCUUUGAGAACAACAGCUUCGAACAAUUCUGCAUCAAUUACUGCAAUGAGAAACUCCAGCAGCUCUUCAUCCAACUGGUUCUUAAGCAAGAACAAGAGGAAUAUCAGCGGGAAGGCAUCCCCUGGAAGCAUAUCGACUACUUCAACAAUCAGAUCAUUGUGGACCUCGUGGAACAGCAGCACAAAGGCAUCAUUGCCAUCCUCGAUGAUGCCUGCAUGAAUGUGGGCAAAGUCACCGAUGAAAUGUUCUUGGAGGCGCUGAAUAGCAAAUUGGGCAAGCAUGGCCAUUUCUCCAGCCGGAAGCUCUGUGCCACAGACAAAAUCCUGGAAUUUGAUCGAGAUUUUCGGAUCCGACAUUAUGCAGGUGAUGUCAUUUAUUCUGUCAUUGGUUUUAUUGACAAAAAUAAAGACACCUUGUUUCAAGAUUUCAAGCGCCUCAUGUAUAACAGUUCAAAUCCUGUUCUGAAAAAUAUGUGGCCUGAAGGCAAACUGAGUAUUACAGAGGUAACCAAGCGCCCUCUGACUGCUGCCACCUUAUUUAAGAAUUCCAUGAUUGCAUUAGUAGACAACCUUGCCUCAAAGGAGCCUUAUUAUGUGCGUUGCAUCAAACCCAAUGACAAGAAAUCCCCCCAGAUAUUUGAUGCUGAGCGCUGUCAACACCAAGUCGAGUAUCUUGGACUGUUGGAGAACGUGAGGGUGCGACGUGCAGGCUUUGCUUUCCGCCAGCCAUAUGAGAAGUUUCUUCACAGGUACAAGAUGAUCUCUGAGUUCACCUGGCCCAAUCAUGACCUCCCCUCAGACAAAGAGGCUGUGAAAAAGCUGAUUGAAGGGUGUGGCUUUCAGGAUGAUGUGGCCUAUGGCAAGACUAAAAUUUUCAUUCGAACACCCCGAACAUUGUUUACCUUGGAAGAACAUCGUUCCCAGAUGCUCCAAAGGAUUGUCCUUUUUCUGCAAAAGGUGUGGCGGGGAACGCUGGCCCGCAUGCGCUACAAGAGGACCAAGGCGGCGCUGACCAUCCUCAGGUACUACCGGCACUACAAAGUCAAGUCCUACAUCCAGGAGGUGGCCCAGCGCUUCCAGGGCGUCCGCAGCAUGCGUGACCAUGGCAAGCACGUCAAGUGGCCCAGCCCUCCCAAGGUGCUGCGCCGCUUCGAGGAGGCCCUGCAGGCCAUCUUCAACAGGUGGAGAGCCGCCCAGCUCAUCAAGAGCAUACCUGCCUCAGAUCUACCCCAGGUCAGGGCAAAAGUUGCAGCCAUGGAAAUGCUGAAGGGCCAAAGGGCUGAUCUUGGACUCCAGAGGGCCUGGGAAGGCAACUAUCUCGCUUCUAAGCCAGAUACGCCGCAGACCUCAGGCACAUUCGUCCCCGUCGCUAAUGAAUUGAAGCGGAAGGACAAGUAUAUGAAUAUCCUCUUCUCCUGUCAUGUCCGGAAGGUGAAUCGGUUUAGUAAGGUGGAAGACAGAGCGAUUUUUGUCACUGAUCGUCACCUGUAUAAAAUGGACCCCACUAAGCAGUAUAAGGUGAUGAAGACGAUCCCUCUAUAUAACUUGACGGGUCUAAGUGUCUCCAACGGAAAGGACCAACUUGUCGUGUUCCACACAAAAGACAACAAAGACCUCAUUGUCUGCCUCUUCAGCAAACAGCCAACCAAUGAAAAUCGAAUUGGGGAGCUUGUUGGAGUUCUAGCGAAUCAUUUCAAGAGUGAGAAGCGCCACCUCCAAGUCAAUGUCACCAACCCAGUGCAGUGCAGCCUGCAUGGGAAGAAGUGCACUGUGUCUGUGGAGACGCGCCUCAACCAGCCGGAGCCUGACUUCACCAAGCACCGCUCGGGCUUCAUCCUCAGCGUGCCGGGCAACUGAGCACAGGCCCAGCGGCUCCUGGCCCCAGCCCCCCACUCCACUCGGGGGCUCCCUGCUCCUCGCCACCUCCCUGCCCCCCCACUAGGAAUCAGCUUGCCAGGGCCCUGAGGAGGUGCCCCUCUUCACCUUCUCCAGGUCACCUAUCGCCUGGGGGGUGACUUCCUGGCUUUCUGCCUCUGGUGUCCGUCUUUCUCUGUCCCCAAUUUCUGCAUUUCCCGCUCAACAAACCAAAGACCCUGGUGCCCCCCACUCUAGACCUCCCCCAGCUGACAUCCAUACCACCCUCACCUCAGUUUGUUGGCACCUGCCCCUGGGGCUGGCCCCCCCUUGAUGGUCAGGCCAAGUCCACGUGCCUGGUUCCCAGCACCUGCCCGGUGCAGUUCCCCAUCCAAAGACUAGCUGCCCUGGGGGCUGGGGAAGAGCUCGGAGUGCAGCCCCACUCUCUCCAUGAACCCUGCCUGUAGGCCACUUUCUAGAACCAGCACCCCUCCCGACUCCCCCGCCACCGCCCCCCCGCCCCACACACACACAUCAAAGCUCCAGGUGAGCAGGUCUACCUGCAGGGCUCCACGUGCAGCACAGCCAGAGCCCUCCCUGCAGACGAGUGAGGGGGUGCUGCCACAUGGACCCCACACCCUAGCAGGGCUGCACCCUCGCCAACAGCAGAAGUGCCCAGCAAGAGCCAGAGUUGCCGGGGGCCCCCGAGUUUCCCCUUCAAGCUCCUCGGUUUCACGCUCCUGUGCAGACCUUAGAUUAGGCCAGGGGGUGGGCACAAGGGAGUGGGGGUACUGGAAUGGUGGGAAACCAAGUGGGGUCCUGGCACUGCAGGCCAGGCCAGGAUGCCUGCGCUCCCCCAACCCCCAAGCUUGGGGCACUGGGGCUCAUGGCAGGAGAGGCUGCCAUCUUGCCAGUUUCCGCCAGGCAGAAAGCACGUGCACUUCAGAUACUUCCCGAGGCCACUGUCCCCCAGCCUCAGCCGAGAGCCCAUAACCCCAAAGCCUUGAAGACAGGAGGUGGUGCCCGCUAGGGGCUGGGGGCAGAGGGGCAACAGACUAGCAGGUGUAACAGGCGGUGCCAGGCUAGCAUUCUCUUCACUCUCUGCCGAAGAUGCUGUGCCCGCUACCCCGGGUCCUGCCCGCCUGGCCCUGCAGAACAUGCCAAGUGCCCACUAACCAGCUGCCUGGCCCUUGCCCACCCCCAUUCCCCAGUUCCCAGAGCUUGCGGCCAUUUGCAAUAAAGACUCCUACUGGCGUCUUCUCCGACCAGUUCAUGUCCUCGAAGCUCGACCAGCUGCCCAUGCAGUGAAUGGUGCCACCACCGUGUAGAAUUUUGCCAAUCACUGGUAGACACUAGUGGAACCACCUAACUGGAAUCACCCCUCUCCUGUCACUUUAUUUCCCCAAACAUGUCGCUUUGCACUAGACACGCAGAUGUUUGUCUUAGACACACCAAAACGGAACAUGCCAAAUGAGUGCCUUUUCUGGGACAGGAGGGGCUGCCGGGGCCCGCAGUGUGGGGGGCCUCCCAGCCAAGGGCCGGGGACUGGCUGGCAACAAGCACUUUUUCACGAUGUCCUAAAAAGAAGUCACAGCACGUGGCAACUGAAGCUGGACCAAGAAGUUGAGGUGUGAAAGCAGUAAUGCUUUCCAGGGUGCCGAGGGGGAAGCCAGAGGACACAGUGAUUGUAUGCAAUGAAGUGUUUCUCUUGAUUUAAUUAAAUGCAGUUUUAUGGUUUGGUGCAUAUAUUCCUAUUUUCCAUUAAAUUAACUUUAUUUCUAAAGCAUAUUUUGAUUUACCAUCAAGAGCAAUAAAGCAUUAAAUCUUA